CCCUGGCUGAGCUGGAUUAAAUCGGUGCUCUAGCGGGUGGGGCAGACCCUGGGCUAGCCGGCCCCAGGGAGAACUCCAAUGACGUCUGUGUCAGCACGCUCACACCAGCCCACAACAAUGGCCGCCGCCAAUGAACCAGUCCCUGGAGAGGUCUCACCCCUCACUGAGAUGCACUCAGGGCCUAUUAGGAAGCUGAGAAUGAAAGACCGUGAGCGGGUGGAAAAGGAGGAGCAGCUCUCAGUGGCAGAGGAGAGACUGAAACUGGCUGAGGAAGAAACGCAGAACUACAGGCACCAAAUUGAUCAAAUGCGACAACAAGUGCAGCAAGUGGAGUUCACCUUCAGACACCAGAUGGCUAUGUAUGAGAAGAAUGCUCACGACAAUUGGAUCAAGGCUCGGAUUUGGGAGAGGGAGAUAGCAGAGCAGAGCAGGGAAGCCGCCCACUUGAAACACAGAUUGGAGAUAAUGUCCAAAAAGAGACUGCCUGAGGGAUACAGGCUGCACAAACCAAUGUCGGGAAGACCUGGGAUGCAGAACCCUCCACAGAGAGAUCCGGGACCUGGUGCUGCGGCUGUGAAGAACAGUAGCUCCGGGGGCAAGGUCAGCGUGGAGGCAGGAGGGCCUCCUCCCAGGGCGGGACCAUCGGGCAUGCCCUGGGGCUCAGGCCCACCUCCACUUGCUCUGCACCGCUGGCCCGUGUGGCCCGGUCCAUUGCCUCCACCUGCCCCACGUGGACAGUCAUUUUGAAGGAGGACCCUGAGCUGUGAUAAAUAGGCUGUGGAAAAUUAUUAUGGUUUUUCCUGCCCCCUCCACUUUUACCUUCCCGUUGUCACCCCUAAUACACUCUUUACAGUUCUAACUCAGUAUCAGCGUCUGCUUUUGGGAGGACCAUCCAACUCACACCAGGGAGUGUACACAGUGUGAUUCUUGUACACACGGUUCAAAAACAAGCAGAAACCACAGUGAUUGGGCAGAAGCAAAGUUAUUCCUUGGGGGUACUAUUUACUGCAAGGGGCCUGAGAGAUCCUUUGGGUGGUGGACACAUCCUACAUCUAGAUCUGGCUGUAGCUGUAUUUGUUCAGUCAAUAAAUACUCACUGAGCACAUGGUGCAUGCUGGUCCCAGGGGUGUCUGGUGAUCAGAGAGACAGCUAUCCCUCCCCAGGAAGUGGCCAAUUUCUGAUGGUGGGGAAUGGAUGAGGUGCCAGGAGUGGCUCCAGGAGACCAGUGAGGAGGCCCUGCGGUAAUCCAGAUUUUGUUCCCUUCACUCAACUUGUCAGCUACCCACCAAAAGCACCAAGUCCAGGCAGGCUUUGUAGGGGGCUGAUGGCAGCAGAGUUUUUUGGUGAGUCCCAUGAGCUCCCAUAAUCCUCCCACAAUUUCCUUAUUGAGGGAUGGGCAAGGCAGAGGGCAAUGGCAUGGGAAACCCCCCUGCCCACACACAAACCAAGGAGAAGGUGCUGGGGUGGAAACAUCUGGCUCCCUCCAGGUCCCCAAUUCCAAUCCAUUCUGCCCCAGCAGC